GGAAGCUCUACUUCGACAGCAGAGCUGAAGAGUUUCUGCUGGACAGCUGAACAUGAAAUCCUCUCUUUACGUACUCACUCUCUUCAUAGGUCUAGGGUGUGUGACGUCAGCAGAGAGGAGAGUGAAUGGAUCUGAAGGAGAAAGUGUAGAGAUUCAGUGCAACUAUCCAGAUGCGUAUCAGUACAAGAAGAAGUACUGGUGUCGGCAUCCCUGUGGGAAUAAGGAUCUUCUCAUCAAAACCGGCAAGACGGACACUGUGGUCACUGUGGGGAGAUUCUCUCUCUAUGACAACGUCUCAAUCAGGACCUUCACUGUGACCAUGAGCAGACUGACCCUGCAGGACACUGGGGUGUAUUACUGUGGACUGGAGCAAAGGGGGACUGACAGACUCUCAAAAAUACAUCUGAGAGUCAGGAAAGCUCCUACAGUCCCCACAGUGACCCCCUCAGCUCCAGGGAGUGUGACAGAGGAGGUCACUGCCACAGCGCUGACAGCCAGCUCCAGCCAGGACACAGCCAGCAGCACCACAGGAGAUGGAAACGAGUCCCUUAGCAGGUCACUACCGGACCAAACAGCCACGCUGAUGCAAGACCACAAGGGGGAGCUGUUGAUGUGCAGUGGGGAGUGAUCAGCAUGGGCCCUCCUGAAGUCAAUUAUCAUCUCUUUUGUCUUAUCUACAUUCAGAGACAGAUUAUUGUUUAAGCACCAAUCCGCUAAUUGCUCCACCUCUGCUCUGAAUGGUGCCUCAUCGUUGUUACUAAUGAGGCCCACCACUGUUGUGUCAUCAGUAAAGUUGACGAUGUCAUUUGCACUAUGCUUAGCUGUGCAGUCCUGACUCAUCAGCAUGAACAGGAGCGGGAUGAGUACACAGCCCUGGGGGGUUCCAGUGUUUAGUAGGGUGGUACUACAGAUGUUGUUUCCAAGCAAGCAGUGUAAUGUGCUUUGCAGUGUUUUACAGUGACCUCUUAAGACAACAUUUAUUCUUGUUUUUUCUAUCUCCCAGAACACCAGUGUCUGCACAAACGAGCAACAGACACUAGUAUGACUAAAUUCCUUUUUUAUUUUAUAGUGGUUAAAAGCAUUAAACACUGUCCACUCAAUACCUAAAGCGCAUACAUAAAACACAAAACCAAAAGACACACACUGCAGGUUGGCCAUAAGCAACCUAUUAGAAACCAGUUACCCAACAGAUGUCCCAGGUUGUAGGAGUGUAAGGACUGGGGUGAUAUGCUCAGAUAGACAUGUGAGAGUCACCUGGAAUCCACUGGGCUUGUUUUUCGGAUGUUCGGGCUCACAGGGAGUACCUAGGAAUGAAGUGAGAGGCCACAGAAGUAGGUAGAACAUCUCUGCCUCUUUCCAGCUGCUGAAGGAGUUACCAUUACCAAUAUUUUUCAAGGAAGACAGGAAUGGUGCACCAGUUCAAAAACAGAUAAAAUCGUAGGAAGGCUGCCUGUCUAAUUCUUCACUUUUUUAUAAUUCAGGAUGAGAGGGAAAACUUUGUGCCUGAAACUAAAACAAUUACCAAAGGAUUAUCGUCUUGAAAUAAUUUUCAUUUUAACCGAAUUCUAAAAUCUCCAGUAAAGGGGUGGAGAAAAUGCUUCAGGCACUGUGUUGUACUCAAUGCAGUCGCUGCCCACUGUCAAGAUCCUGAUGAAGAGGAAACACACCUGGCAGCCAUUAAUCCAGGAAGAACACUGUUUCAACAAACAUCCCCUUGAGACUGCAAUGUCCCAGUUAGACCACAUCUGGAAUACAGGAGUUAGUUCUCAACAUUGUAAAAAUAACAACAUAAAGCUACAAACAAGAGGCAGCUAAUGGGCCCACCUAGCCUGUUUGUUUGUUAGAUCUCAUCCAGUCAUUUGAAAGAAGCUCAUGGCAUAGACUUCAAAAUCAUGGCUGGGUAGCUUGCUCCAGACUCACACAAUCUUUCUUUUGUGCAAACAAGUGUCUCCUGUCCUCAGCCUUCCACAUAGCCCCCCCCUCCGGUCCUCUGUUUUGUGUUUCAUAUAUCCUCAAAGCACACAUU